AUGGACAUUGACCCUGGUACGAUCAUGACCGAUUUAUGCCAUCAGGAGAUGAUGGCAGAUUUAAAAAAUCUUGCUUUGACCGGUGGAGGAGGAUCUAGAUACAGUGGCGAUGAACAAGUACAGUUCAUUCCAGGUGGAAGUCAUCAGGUGACAAUUAAAUCUCCUCCACCUUCUCUGCAUUUGGAAAAUCUCAAUAAUGCUGUUCUCAGUAACUCGCAAAAUAAUCUUCACUGCAAUUGCAAUGGCAGCGCAUCCAAUGGUACCGCGGCUUCGAUGUGUAGCAAUAGCAUGUUCGCAAGGAAAGUACCAAACCAUAGCCCAGGACAGGAUGGCAAAAGGCCGGCUGUAACACUGACGCAUUUACCGAAGAGGCCACCGGUCGACAUUGAGUUCAAGAAUCUAGCGUACAGCGUGUCAGAAGGCAGAAAGAGAGGAUAUAAAACAAUUCUGAAAUGUGUGAAUGGAAAAUUUCGAUCCGGAGAAUUGACCGCCAUUAUGGGCCCUUCGGGUGCUGGAAAGAGUACACUUAUGAACGUUUUGGCAGGGUACAAGACAUCUCAUCUGAGCGGUUCUGUUCUGAUAAACGGGAAAGACAGGAAUCUUAGGAGAUUUCGAAAGAUGUCUUGUUACAUAAUGCAAGAUGACCGUCUGUUACCUCAUCUAACGGUUUAUGAGACGAUGACGGUCUCUGCUAAUUUGAAAUUAGGGAAAGAUAUCAGCGCAACAGCAAAAAAAAUUGUGAUCGAGGAAAUAAUCGAAACGCUUGGCCUAAGCGAUGCGAGCAAUACACAGACUCAUUGUCUUAGCGGAGGGCAGAGAAAAAGAUUAUCGAUCGGGUUGGAACUUGUUAACAAUCCUCCGGUGAUGUUUUUUGAUGAACCAACUUCUGGCUUGGAUAGUUCAACUUGUUAUCAAUGUUUAAGUUUGCUCAAAUCAUUAAGUAGAGGAGGAAGGACUAUCAUAUGUACGAUACAUCAACCAAGCGCACGAUUAUUUGAAAUGUUCGAUCAUUUGUACCUUUUGGCCGAGGGCCAGUGUAUAUAUCAAGGAAAUGUUGGCGGCCUGGUGCCCUUUCUAUCAUCAGUGGGCUUGGAAUGUCCCAGUUAUCAUAACCCAGCGGAUUAUGUUAUGGAAGUGGCGUGUGGAGAACAUGGAGAAUGUGUGCAUAAAUUAGUUAUGGCUGUAAAUAAUGGUAAAUGUGCUAAUUAUCAACAUUAUCAAAGUACCAUGAAUGCGGUGCAAACUGUAUCGAAUGAUAUCGCGAAGGAGUCCCCGCAGCAAGAAACAAAAUCUGAAACUGCUUUAAUACCGAACGGUGUAGCAAAAAAACCAAAUAGCGGAACAGUAAUUAACAUACCAAUUUCUUGCACAACUUCUUUAUUGGAUAGUGCAGAAAGUAUUGAGCAAAAAGUUGGCUUUCCAACGAAUAGUUGGACCCAAUUUUGGAUCCUUCUUAAAAGGAUAUUCUUGUCACAAAUAAGAGACAUGACAUUAACGAGAGUAAGGCUGAUUUCCCAUAUAAUCGUUGGGUUUCUCAUUGGUGCAAUUUAUUAUGAUAUCGGCAAUGAUGCUUCACGAGUAAUGAGCAAUGCCGGCUGCGUUUUCUUUACGGUAAUGUUUCUCAUGUUCACCGCAAUGAUGCCUACCAUUCUUACAUUUCCAAUAGAAAUGGCAGUAUUUGUAAGAGAACAUUUAAAUUACUGGUAUUCCGUAAAAGCUUAUUAUCUUGCGAGAACUUUAGCCGAUGUACCAUUUCAAAUAGUAUAUUCUAUAGCAUACGUCAUAAUUGUAUAUUUCAUGACGUCGCAACCAUUGGAAACAAAUAGAUUCAUGAUGUAUUUAACAAUAUGUAUAUUAACAGCGUUAGUUUCUCAAUCUAUCGGUUUAGUGAUAGGAUCAGCGAUGAGUGUGGAGACUGGAGUAUUCAUUGGGCCUGUAUCAUCAGUGCCAAUUGUUUUAUUCUCCGGUUUCUUCGUCAAUUUUGACGCCAUUCCAAAAUAUCUAAAAUUUCUUUCAUACGUAAGUUAUGUCAGAUAUAGUUUUGAAGGCACCAUGAUUUCUGUGUAUGGUUAUAAUCGUGCUAAGCUCAAGUGUUCCGACGCGUACUGCCAUUUCAAGAGCCCGACGAAGUUCCUCGAAGAAAUGUCGAUGCAAAACGCCGUCUUUUGGCAGGACGCGGUUGCGUUGACAGGUUUUUUGCUUACCUUGAGAGUGAUCGCCUACUUUGUACUGAGACUGAAGUUACGAUCUCUUCGUUAAAACGUGGCGAUAAUAUAAUCGAUAAUCAAUAGAUCAUCGUAUUACGAAUAUUCGUUUCAUCUUAAUCCACCAUUAAAAAAUUUAAUCUUUGGAAAUUGCUGGUUCUAUGAUUCUGAAUUUUUAUUUUUUCUUUUUUUUUUUUUUUUAUUGAAAAUGAAAAAAAUUCAGACAUUUCAGCAAAAUUGCAGAACAUAUAUGCAUGUGAAAUGACGCAAUAUUUUAAUUUUUAUUUGUUUCUCAAGUAUCAAGACUUUAUAUACUUAUUUGAGCUCAUCUCAUAUAUGCGUUUAUGUUACGAUUAUGCAAUGACAAAAACUAUAAAAUCAUCUUUAGAAAUCCUAUUAUAAUUAUUAGAGUCGUUCGUUACUUUGAAUUUUGUUAAAAGUAUCGAAGUUUGAGAAAUCUGCACUCUUAAUUAUAUGUGCUUUAAUAUAAUGCUUUAAUAUAAAUAUAAUAAUAAAUUGCAAUUAAUAUUAUUCAAAUACAAGGAAAGUUAAGCAAAUAUUUAUAUUUUUAUGAAGAUUUCGUUUUUUGUUGUACCCUCAAGUUCAGUUUAUAUGAUUUAUAUAUUGAUGCAAAAUUUGUUGAAUUUGGAGAAAACAUGUUAAAGCGACUAAAAUCAAUUGAGUUCGAAUAAGAUAUUGAGAAUAUGUGAUUUAUUGAUUAUUUUAUGUUACACAGAUAUGAUAUCUCUCAAUAAGUCCCUCGGCAUUAAGCCGGUUGUUUUUCAAUUCUUCUGAAGAUAAUUCACUUGUACGAUUUCAUUAUUUUCUUAUUAUUUUCGAUUCUCUCAUUCUUGCAUAUAAAUAAUAGACAUAACAUCCAAGUGCAUCAUAUGACAUUGAACGAGACUAAUGAUAAAAAAAACACAGAUAAAUGGUACGCGUAGACGGUUUAGGACAUUUUUUAAUAAAUUAGAGUACGCAAAAAUAGCGUGAAAUUGUAAAUCGUUGAUAAUAAAUCAGAAAAGAGACCACCGUUGGUAAUUACGUAUUCUAUCGAAAUGCAAACAUUGAUAGCCAAUUAUUACAAACUCGCCAGGAGCCUUAGGCCCAUUCAAGACUCAUGGUCCCUCCAACGAGCGCGUGUGUACAUCACGCGAAUAACAUAGACUUUUUUUUUUUUUUAUAUAUAUAUAGAUAAGCAAUAGAAAAUUUACAAAUCAAAGAUUAGAAUAGAUCCUCUAUUGUUCUCACAUUUACAUCGAUAGUUAUAUUCACUUAAUCAUUAUCUAUAAAAGAUAUCUCGAAGAUAUAUCAAACGACCAAUAAUAAUCGUUUAACAUAUCGGACAAAAAUAAGUUUUAGCCAACAUGUUGAAGCACCAAAAAUGAAUUUAUCUUGCCCGAUAUUUAUGUACGUAUAUCAACGAGAUAUCUGAAUAUUUGUACUAAAUCAAGGUCGCGAACAAUCCUUACUAUAUCGUCAUUCCAUUUAUAGAUAAUUCAAUAACUAUAUAAUAUUUAAGAGGCGAACAAAAAUUAUAAAACAUAAUAUUGUAAAAAGCUCACACCUGACCAAUCACUAGCUGCCUGUGCGUUUGCUUCUAAGUCUGGAGUGCUGAACAUUGUUACAUUUAUUAUAAUAUAGUCAUUUAAUUAAAGAGGUGAGGGGAGUAUAUUAUUAAAAAAAGAAAAAAAUUAGGACUAAAAAAAAAAAAAAAAAAAGAA